AUGUCGCUGUGGCUGGAACAAGCUUUGACUGCUUACUUUCAGGCUUUUGGACUGGCCUGUGGCUGGAGCUCCAGUCGGUUGGGUCGUCUACUGGGCAGUAGUUUCCUUGUGUUAAUUGUGAUCGAAAUGACCCGUGAAGUAGUGUGCUACUUCAGGGAAGAACUACCGACUAACGAUAUAAUAUCGAUGUAUUUCGUGAAAACCAUUCAAAGUGUUAAUGUUGUGUACAAAAUGGUGCAUGGAUGGUUUGCCUUUAUGGCCAUUUUUGAGUGUCGGCGAGUUCGUCGACUGCUGAAGCAAUUGCCUCUAACUGGGGGAACUGCCUUCAUAUAUAGACAUCUGAUCUUGGAGCUGAUCCAACUUGCUUGUAUUAUAGUCAUAGUCUACUAUGAGUACAGCAUUGGUGGCUUGUAUCUGGAGAAUCUGCGGUAUGCCUUCAGUCUCCAGGCAGUUCGUGCUCGCUAUCUGCAAAUGAUUCUGCUUGUGAAACGAUUGGACGACCAGCUGGAACAGCUGCAUCUCAGGAUGAUGUAUGGUUGCACGGAUUACAAAACCCUCCGAUCGGAUUUCGCCCAGUUGGUCAAAAUGUCGCGUUCGUUGUCGAAACUUUUUGGCCUUUCCUUGCUCCUGCUGAAUAUCCUUUGCUUGGCCGACUGGAUCAUCGUUUGCAAUGUGUACUUCAUGGUGGAACACCUCAAGGCAUUGCAGGGCACCUGGUUUGUGUUCGCCCAGGCGAUGUUCGUAGUGGUUCCCACUAUAAUUAAAAUCUGCACCAUCUGUGCCACCUGCCAUCGAUGUGUCGCAAAGUCCAAGAACCUGCUGAAGCAACUGAAGGAUCGUCCAGGACAGACACCUGCGGAAAGAAGUCAAAUCGAGGGUUUCGCCCUGCAGAUCAUGCAGGAUCCCAUUCAGUUCAAUGUCUGCGGUAUUUACCACCUCAAUCUGCAGACCUUAGCAGGGAUGUUCUUCUUCAUUCUGGAGGCCCUGGUUAUAUUCCUGCAAUUCGUGUCCCUCAUCAGGCCGCAGGCCAUGGACAAAUAA